GCGGUUAUUAUUUUCCUGUCGUGAGCCCUGUCAUCGUUUUUAUUUCCCACACUGGCAGUCUGAUCUGCAUAUUCAUAAUGUUUUCUCCCGUGACAGAGGCCGAGACGCGUCAGAAACUGCUGCGCAAUGUGAAGAAAGAGGUGAAACAAAUUAUGGAGGAGGCAGUAACGAGGAAAUUUGUGCACGCCGACAGCAGCCACAUCAUAUCCUUCUGCGCUGUAGUGGAGGCCUGCAUGCUUCAUGGGCUCAAGCGCCGUAUCGCAGGCCUGCUGUGCAGUAACAAGGUCGCAGCACUCUUUAUGAAGGCGGCAAAAACCUUUUCGCCUGCUGAGGAACUCUGCAACAAGGUCCAGGAACUGGAACAGCUCAUCGACAACAGCAAGCAGAACAACUCCUCACUGAGUAAUGACCGCAGUCGGCAGUCCAAGCUGGCCAACCUCCCUCCUCAGGCACUGAAACACCUGUGGAUCCGGACUGCACUGAUGGAGAAGCUCCUGGACAAGAUUGUCCUUUACUUGGUGGAGAACAGCAGUGCCUUCUAUGAGAAAGAAGCCAUGCUGAUGGAUCCGGUGGAUGGACCAAUUCUUGCAUCUCUAUUGGUGGGCCCUUGUGCUUUGGAGUACACCAAAGUUAAGACAGCAGACCACUUCUGGACGGACCCAUCUGCUGACGAACUUGUUCAGCGGCAUCGCAUCCACAGCAGCCACUGUCGGCAGGAUUCGCCCUCCAGACGGCCUGCCCUGAUCCAGAAGAGACAGUCCAGUGGUAGCAUGGAUGAUCGCCCUCUCAUGUGGGUGAGGGACUAUGUUGAAUCGCUGCACCAAAACUCCAGAGCCACACUCCUGUUUGGAAAGAACAAUGUCCUGGUGCAGCCGAGAGACGACAUGGAGGCCAUCCCAGGCUACCUUUCUCUCCAUCAAACUGCAGACCUCAUGACACUGAAAUGGACACCCAAUCAGCUGAUGAAUGGCAAUGUGGGGGAGCUGGAUUCUGAGAAAAGUGUUUAUUGGGAUUAUGCCAUGACAAUUCGUUUGGAGGAGAUUGUGUAUCUCCACUGUCAUCAGCAAGUGAACAGUGGUGGAACAGUAGUUUUGGUGAGCCAGGAUGGGAUCCAGAGACCUCCUCUACAUUUCCCCAAAGGAGGCCACCUACUCCAGUUUCUCACCUGCCUGGAGACCGGCCUGCUACCUCACGGACAGCUGGACCCACCGCUCUGGAAUCAGAGAGGAAAGGGAAAGGUUUUCCCCAAACUGCGAAAGAGGAGUCCACACGGCUCAUGUGACUCUGUAUCUGAUAAGGAAGAUGAUGAAGCAACCGAUUAUGUGUUUCGGAUCCUCUUUCCUGGCAAUCAGAUGGAGUUCAUGGCCCUGGAGCUGAUGGACCAGGGCGUUAACAUGUGGCAACCGACACCUAGAAAGUCCUCGUGCUCCUCCUGCUCACAGAAUGGCUCCUCUGAUGGCUCGCUGCCUAAUGGCUGUAAUCAGGAAAGGGCUCCCUUAAAGCUACUUUGUGACACCAUGAAGUACCAGAUAAUCUCCCGUGCUUUUUAUGGAUGGCUUGCAUACUGCCGUCAUCUGUCCACAGUCCGUACCCACCUUUCUGCUCUGGUCAACACCACCAUAGUGGACCCUGAUGUGCCCUGUAAUGCCCGAGGAGGCCUCUCUGUGGAGGUUUGGAGCCGAUUCCUCAAAGACAGCUCUGCGUAUAAGGAAGAGGAGAUACACAGGCUUGUGUAUUUCGGUGGUGUGGAUCCCUCACUACGUAAAGAGGUCUGGCCCUUCCUGUUGGGACACUACGGCUUUAACAUGACUGAAAAAUGCCGGCAAGAGAUUGACGAAAAGAUACGGACCAUGUAUGAGCAGACCAUGAAGGACUGGCAGGGCUGUGAGGCCAUUGUCCGUCAGAGGGAGAGAGAGAAACACGCUGAGGCCCUCGCCAGAUGUUCGUCUGGAGCCAGUGUGGAAAGAGGGCCGGUGCAGCGGGACUCCACCAUCAGUACAGAUUCGUCUCUAAGUAGCAGCUCAGAUCCACAGAAUGUCGCCUCGCAGAGUGACUCCAGCAGCAGCAGCAGUGCACAGGUAUUUGGGUCGGUUGAGGCAGUGGAUCAGAUUGAGACUGAGCCCAGGGUUGAGGAAGGAGAAGUGCAGCCCAGCAGUCAAUUGAAGGACAUCACGAGUGGCACUGCAGACGCCCCGCAACUUCCCUCCUGCAGCCCGUUCUCCCCAGACCUGUCAGAUCAACGCACAGUUUCAGAAAACAGCCUUCUUGUAACAGAGUCAGCUGUUGAAUCUGCAACCAAUGAGCAGUCAGAGGAAGCAUCAGAGGUGUUACAUGAGAAAGACAAAACUGGAUCAAAGCCAAAUGGAGAGGAUGUAAUGGAACCAGUAGCCAAGGACGAGGUUUCAGAGACAAAGGUGGAGACAGACUCAGAGGGUGAGGUGGUUAAGGACUGUGGAAUCAGUGAGUCGAGACAGACAUCUGAAUCUGAAGAAAAACCUGAUGCAAAAGAAAAAGACACAGCAAAUGAGCAAUCUGCAGAUUUAAAAGCAGUAGACACAAAUACAAAUUUAAGAAGUGCUCCAGAGAGCACUAAUGUUCUAAAGCUAGAAAGAGAGAUUCAUAAUGAGUAUUUCCAAGCACCUCCACUUGGGCAGAUCUUGACUUUUCAAGCGCACAAGAGCAAAGGUCUGGAAGUGGAGCCAUUAUGUCCGCCCGCAGCAGAAAAAGACACUAAUCCAGAGAGUGAAAAGAAGUCGGAGAUUUUGGACAAACCUGAAACAACUUCUGAAAAAACCCCAUCACAAAUUCCAAAGGCCUGCACCACAGAGUCAGAAAGAAAGGAUGCCGAAGCAGCAGUGUGUGACUUGGCUGAAACCAAAAAAGCUGCAGAAAUUCCAUUUGAGAAACCAGGUUCAAACUCACCUGUCAGACAAGUCCUGAACGCUCUCCAGUCAGCGUCAAGGGGCAGCCUUUCUCUAUCGUCCCACUCUCGGCAGUCUCCGGACACAGCGGAUUCAGACGACUCUCCUUCUGCCCUGGAAAUGGAGGACAUUCCUGCAGGGACGUGCGUGACAUCUGAGGAUAUCAAGGCCAGGCCUUUGGCGUGUCUUGCUGCACCUCCUGUCUCCCUUGCGCAACGACAGAAAAUGGCUUCAGAGGACCUUGCCCCAGAUCACCAUCUGGACACAGCCUGUAACACCAGUCCUGAGGGCACCGACCUGGGCCUUUCUGAAGAGGAGCCUGAGAUGGAAAAUGUGCUCACUGAACCCGAGUCUGCAGAGGUGGGAGGCACCAAGCAUGAUGAAUCCUCAGAAGAACAAACCUAUUCUCAAGAAACACUGGACAUGUAUUUGAUUAAUUUACAUCGCAUCGACAAAGACGUCAGACGUUGUGACAGAGCGUAUUGGUACUUCACUCCUGAGAACCUGGAGAAGCUGCGUAAUAUCAUGUGCAGUUACGUGUGGCAGCAUCUGGAUACAGGUUACGUCCAGGGCAUGUGUGAUUUGCUGGCUCCCCUGCUGGUUAUUCUGGACGAUGAGGUUAUGGCAUUCAGCUGCUUCACUGAACUGAUGAAGAGGAUGAACCAGAAUUUUCCUCAUGGAGGUGCCAUGGACUCUCACUUCGCCAAUAUGCGUUCUCUGAUCCAGAUCCUGGACUCUGAGCUGUUUGAACUGAUGCAGCAGAAUGGAGACUACACUCACUUCUACUUCUGUUAUCGCUGGUUUCUACUUGACUUCAAAAGAGAAAUGGUGUAUGAUGAUGUGUUCUCCGUGUGGGAAACAAUCUGGGCAGCCAAGUACACCUCCUCUGAGCACUUUGUGCUCUUCAUUGCUCUGGCACUUGUGGAGAUGUACAGGGACAUCAUCCUAGAAAAUAACAUGGACUUCACAGACAUCAUAAAGUUCUUUAAUGAAAUGGCAGAGCGACACAACGUCCCCCAGGUCCUGAUGAUGGCUCGAGACCUGGUCAACAAAGUGCAGACGCUCAUAGAAAACAAGUGAUGCUGCUGUCCUGCUGCUGCUCCCAUGUUUCUUUGUGCUGAAUUGUUUCAAAAAUACUGGCACAACCACUUAAUAGUCAUGUAUUCAAGAGGAAUGGGAAUCAGUGUUUAAUGAAAUGCAGCGAUUGGUAUGUGCUGAAAAGACAACUGGUCAUUAAAACUGGCCAUCAUUACAUAAGAUAGUUGUAUAACAACUUUCCAGUUUCUCCUCUCUAUAUUCAGGAGAUGCAAAUAUUGCCAGUAAAUUUAUUUUUUGAAGUGUUAUUGUUCACCCAGUGAAUGUACCCUUGUUGAAACUGCUUCAGGAUGUUAUUUAUUUUGCCUUAAAUUGAGCUAUUUUUUCAGGGAUACAGCAACCAAAUUCCUUCACCGUAUUGUUCUUCUGCGAGGUUGAUUUUGUUCAGUUACACCCGCCACACAUCUCGUGAUACACUUGAAUAUGUUUUCAGUAUUAUUAUGAUUAUUACGUUGUAUUUAUUUUGCUGAAAUUGUAGCUACCAUGAUGAAACAUCUUGUAAUGCACUUGAAUAUAUUUUCAGUAAUGAUAUCUGGCAUUGUUAGAUGAUUUGGUUUUAUGAGAGGUACUUUAGAGGAGGUUGUGUCCACAUAGCAUGUGUGGUUUGCUUCUCAACAGCCAUUCUGAGGACCACUCGCUGGCUUCUCUGAGGCUCGAUGGUCCUCGUCCCGUGUUUGCCUCUGAUGCACAAAAGCUUGCAGGAUAUCCGGACCGAACCUGGGAACUCUGUGCAGUCCUGCAUGACUGCACACAGUCUGCAUAUACAGUACUGCCCUCUGGUAUCAAGCUGUCAUACUCUGUGCUCCUUUUAUCUCAGACUUCCUCUUUGCAUUGAUUCGCUUUUAUUUCUGUGCACACUGGUUCAAACUCUCUUCUCACCUUACAUGACACAGUGCUGCUCAGGCUGAAGUAUUCAGCAUUAUCAAGACAGUACAGUGCUAACAGAUUCUGCUUUCUUGCAGCGCCAUGAUAGCUGCUGUGGUAAAUUCUAAUGGGGUGUGCAGUGAAGGCAGCAUGCUUCCUUUACACUUCUCUUUUUCACUUUCAUCUUAAGAUCAGUUCCUUGGUUUUCUGUCUCUUUUGCCCUGCCAAUCUUGGCUGCCUUGUCUUCAACACGCUCUAGUUCAUUUUUGUUAUAUGCCCAAACUUUUGGCAACAAGCCUUACAAGAAUUGUUGAUACCUGUACUCUGGACCUCUCAUUCAAGGCUUGAGCCAGUGUCAGACACUUUUCCUCUGCUGCAUUUUGUCUCCUGUAAAGCUAGUUUGAACCAGAAAGCACCUUCCACCUUGAUGGGCUCACCUCCUUCCUUCAUUUAUUCAUUCCAAGAGCAGUUAACUUUUGCUCAGCCUGCUGAAUUUUAUCUGCUGCCCUCCAGUUCCUUGGAGAGCUCUCUUUUUGGCCCGACUGCACACCUCGUCACACAAGAGUUUGUUCAUUGUGCUGUACACACAGUACUGCUUAGACUUUCAGAACUUCAGCUACUUUUAAAUAUGAUUUGUCGAAGCCCUCAUGAGGUUUUCACAAUCUCGCAAGUACCAGAAGGUCAGGUUAUUACAUUUAAAGGGUCAUAUAAGGGUAGCCAGUCCGCGGUAUGUAGCCAUUCAGAUACUUUUGGUUUUAUGUGUGUAUGUUUACACUACUUAAUCUUCUGCUGCUAAUCCAAUUUCAUUUGUUCAGCUGAAAUGAACAUUUAACGUCAGUGUUUACUUACAGAAACAAUGUCCCGGAGACCCUGACGUCAAUAGCUUAAAUUGGUCUAAUAAGGUUUAAUAGGGCCUGUGAAUCUGAUCUGUUUCAUCAGGUCUCGACACAUAAAUACAAAACUAUGUACAUGGCUAGAUACCAGCAUGUCAGAAAAUGAUUUAUUGGUGCCACUCACGGUUGCAAAAUAGCCAAAACACACUCAUGUUGGGUUCACUGUGGCUAAAAUACCAGUGUUUUGAUAUCACUGCUAAUGUGUCUCCAUAUGAUCUUCUAAAACAUGCCUGAGUAUUGCUGUUUGUGUAUUGCUGUGUUUGUUGUCAGAAGAUUUAUUGUAAACAAUGUGUUGAAAAGAAAUGGACUAAUUGUAUAACUAAGCUAGAACAUAUUUAUUAAAUGCAAUACAAUGUCUGUAUAUGGGCUUUAUCUGAUUAUAAUGAAGAGAAAGAAGUAUGCCAUUGGAAAUAAAUAUAUAUAUAUUUUUUUUUUCUGUCUUCUCAAAU